UAUGUCCAUGCAUUCUUAGAUCUGCAUUCGUGCAUGACUGAUCUAUUAAACAUCCUGAGAGUGAGUUGCAUAGGCUACGAUUUAGCCUGCUUCGAUGUAUUAUCUGCGCAGCGACCAGUCAAUUAUAAUCCACCCAGUGCUAGUGCACAAACGUGUGUGCGCGUGUACUUUCUCUGCGAGCCUCGUUCUCGCCAUGAAGCUGGCCUGAGAGGAAACAGUGCAGAGUCGUGCAUCAACACUCCCUCGUCCCCAAACUGGACGGUGCGAAAAGGUCUCCCCUGAACUCCAACAGCCCCAGCGGCUGUCAACGUUUUCAAAUUGGGGUUCGGUCCAAUAUGGCGACAGACGGAUGGAAAUACUGAUGACAGUCCGAAAGAUCGCCUCGAUUUGUACGAUGGGCGCCAAUGCCUCAGCUUUGGAGAAGGAGAUCGGACCGGAACAGUUUCCAGUUAAUGAACACUACUUUGGAUUGGUCAACUUUGGGAACACCUGCUACUGUAACUCGGUGCUGCAGGCCCUCUACUUCUGCCGUCCUUUUAGGGAAAAGGUCUUGGCCUACAAGGUCCAGCCCAGACGUAAAGAGUCCCUGCUCACCUGUCUGUCUGACCUCUUCAACAGCAUCGCUACACAAAAGAAGAAGGUUGGCGUCAUCCCUCCCAAGAAGUUCAUCUCCCGUCUGAGGAAGGAGAAUGAGCUGUUUGACAACUACAUGCAGCAAGAUGCCCAUGAGUUCCUCAACUACCUCCUCAACACUAUCGCUGACCUGCUCCAGGAGGAGAAGGGCCAGGAGCGACAGCAGAACGGAAAACUGGUGCAGAACGGAGGAGGUGGGGGGAGCAGCGGGACAGGAGGAGGAGAGGGAGAGGAAGGGGAGAAGAUACAGCAGACCUGGGUCCAUGAGAUCUUCCAGGGCACCCUGACCAACGAGACGCGUUGCCUCAACUGUGAAGCUGUGAGCAGUAAAGAUGAGGACUUCCUGGACCUGUCUGUCGACGUGGAGCAGAACACCUCCAUCACGCACUGUCUUAGGGGUUUCAGCAACACUGAGACACUAUGUAGUGAAUACAAGUACUACUGUGAACAGUGUCGGAGUAAACAGGAAGCACAGAAAAGGAUGCGUGUGAAGAAGCUCCCUAUGAUCCUGGCGUUACACCUGAAGAGGUUUAAAUACAUGGACCAGUUGCAUCGCUACACCAAGUUGUCCUAUCGCGUCGUCUUCCCCCUGGAGCUCCGCCUCUUCAACACCUCAGGAGACGCCACCAACCCCGACCGCAUGUACGACCUGGUCGCCGUGGUCGUCCACUGUGGAAGUGGUCCAAACCGUGGUCAUUACAUCACCAUAGUGAAGAGUCAUGGAUUCUGGCUCUUGUUUGAUGACGACAUAGUAGAGAAAAUCGACGCCCAGGCGAUCGAGGAGUUCUACGGUCUAACGUCUGACAUUUCUAAGAACUCUGAGUCAGGUUACAUCCUGUUCUACCAGUCCCGGGACUGAACCAGCAAAUGGCAGCGUCCCGAGGCUGAAACGGGCCAUUGGGAUUGGGACUCAGCAUAGAGGGGAGGGGCUUGGGCAGCCACAGGCCCCGCCUAGCCCACCACCUGUUUUGAAAUAUUCAGGCUUUACAGCGGGAGCUGUGGAGCGCCGAGAGGAUGCAUGGAGGAGGAUCUUCAGCAGACAGGAGCCAACGAUGCCUGAGCAACUGAUCAGUUGAUAUGACAUCGUAGAACGAAGAGCAGGUACCGGGGAUUGUUAUGUUUCGUCAUCCUCUCCUCCUUUUCAUCAUCAUCGUCCUGGUUGUCUUUUUUUGGGGUUUGACAGCAGAUUAGCAAUAUAUGGUGUGUUAGCUUGGUGAGCUCUCUGCUUACAUGGUGUGCCGUUACUGAUGUGGCGCCAUUUCCUGGUGUUUCAUCAAUUAUUGGUGUCCAUGUCAUAUUUAGUGCCACUCAGAGGGGCUAAACAGGAUUUGGGAUUGAUGAAAAGUGGAUCUGCCAUUUCUUGAAUGUUCUCAAUACUUUGUUGCCAGUUGUUGUUAGUUUGGAGAGUGGGGUGGAGAGUUUAGUUUGGUCCCAUUGCAGCUCACCGGGCCAGAUCUGGCAGUGUUUUAUUAUAUCAUGGUUCAGAUCCUGAAAGCUACACAUCUAUAUUACCAUCUGUUUAAAGGGACACACGCAUAUAUGCUCUCUAACUUCCCCCUCUGGCAACAACACCAAACUACACCACCAACUACAAAUAACCUGCCAACCAGAUGUUUAUCUUAUAUCUGUCUCCUAAGCAAGCAAGUAUCUCACUGGUGUCAAUGGCUGUGCGUCAAAUGGCAGCAUAUUCCCUAUGUACUGCACUCUAUAAGUAGAGCACUAUAUAUGGAGUAGGCUGUCAUUUGGGACAUAACCCAGCCAUCCUCUUUUGUGUCGUCUUUAACGCAGUAUAAACCUGAUUGGCUGCUGCAACAUUUAGCUCCUCUUUCUGUCACCUGAUAUGAAACUUCCAAUCAGAGCCUGAGGUAUACAAGCAUUUCCUCUUCAUUUUUUUUGACCGUAGAAGUAAACCAAACAUAGCAGUUGUUUGGUUUAUAAUAUUAAGUAUGUGCUACACUGCCAGUUGGGGUAAUAAACCUAACUUCACUCUUUUUAAAAGGCUUUGUCCCAAUAUCUAUUCUAGCACAAUACCAAGUAUGCAGUCCCAAUACAUUCUAAGUAAUACGCUGGUGUAGGUAUUGGAACAGAGCCUGUACUCUCAACAGAAAGAUAAAUUGAUUAAGGCCCACUAUUCAUAAAAUGUCUCCAGAGCAGGAGUGCUGACCUAGGAUCAGUUUUGCUUUUUAAAAAUCUGAUCCUAGAUCAGCACUCUUACUCAGAGAAGCUUUAUGAAUACAGGCCCUGAUCCAUCGCUCUGACAUGGGAGGUGUUUAUGUUAGCUAGGCCCAGAGUGGGACCUGUAUUAAAGUUGAAUAUAAGACAGUCUGCCGUUUUGAAAUAUACAGUACGAAACUGGCUGCUUAUUGGUUGGCCCAUACUUAGGGCCUGGAGUUUUUACCAAUCCUGACCAGUACAAGAUAUAUAGGUUGUGUCUUAAUGGCACCUGAUUCUCUAACAUAUAUUGCGCUAUUUUUGACCAGGUCUCCUAGGGACUCAGCUGUGGUCUGACUAAGGCCCAGAGUUUUCUUAAAUCUCAAACACACCCGACCAGUUGGAGACCUAGGCACCUUAUUCACUACAUAGUGCACUACCUUUGUCCAGAGCCCUAGUGGGUAUAGGGUGCCAUUUUGUGUUUUUAGGCUAUACUCUGCAACCAUAUAUUAAUUAAUAUUUUAACGCAUAAACCAUUCCUUUGUGAGCUCAAAUCUAACUGUCUAAGACGUGCUGCUUGUUUUCAGGGUUAACUAAUUACUAAUAUGAGGUUGACAUUGGUGAAGGACUUAAAAGAAACAUUUUACGUUGUGUAUAGAGUUGCAGAACUCCGGUAACUUUCCCAAAAUUCCGUCUGGAAGAUACGCAGAAAUCAAGAAGAAAUAAGCUGGAAAUCUGGAAUCCACCAGCCAGGAAUUCUGGAGAACCCUGGAAUUUGUGGAAAAUUACCGUAUUUUUGCAAACCCUAACUUAACUGAUAUUGAAGGGCAAGUCAACCACAUUUUCAUUAUCUUCAGCACAAUACCAGUGUCUACCUAUGUGAAAAAUGCACAUUUCUACAUUUUUGUAGGAAAAAAUAUCUAAAGUUAAGUUCCACCCAAUGACAUCAUUAAAAGUUAAAACAGUGAUUUCGGCAGGGUAGCCUGGGGCGGAAGGUAGCCUAGUGGUUAGAGCGUUGGACUAGUAACCGAGCUGACAAGGUACAGAUUUGUCACUCCGCAACCUGAACAGGCAGUUAACCCACUGUUCCUAGGCCGUCAUUGAAAAUAAGAAUUUGUUCUUAACUGACUUGCCUAGUUAAAUUACGGUAAAAUACAUUUCCUAACUCUUGAGAUUUGUAGUGAAGUGCGGAGCAAGAAAAUACCCUCCCUCUGGCUAGAUCAAAAUAUUUGUAACAUGCGUUUGUUUUCUGACAAUGCAGAGAGGAGAGAAAGGAGAACCUGAUAGAAAAAUAAUAACAUGAGGAAUAAAUACACAAUGAGUAACGAUAACUUGGUACCAGUACCGAGGCUAAAAAGUAUUUUUGCAGCACUUUAAUCCUACCCUGUGAUGUCACAGAGAAGUGUUUCCCCCUUGUCUUUUUAACCAGAGAUCAUGGAAAUGUGCUGUUUUCGCAUAUGUUGACACUAGUAUGUUGGAGAUAUGAGGUUGAAAAGUGGAGGAAUUGCCCUUUUUAAAUGCUAGAUUGUGUGACUUGCUACUCUACUUAGAACGUGUUUGGAUUGUGAGGGAGCUAAACUCAUUAAUGAUUGAACUUAGGCUAUUACGAUCUAGAGUAUUUACCUAGUACACUCUUCUAGCCUAUAGGGUUAAACUCUCACUGGGUGAGUCCCAAAGGGAACCCUGUAUCUUUUGUAGUGCACUACUUUUCACCAGGGCACGUAAGGAAUAGGGUGCCAUUUGGGACGCACACUCUGUCUACCCUGUCUGUCUGCGUCUCUGUACUCCCUAACCUUUGGUGUGUGUCGUAGGUGAGUGAAGUGAGGUGUGGCAUACCAGAGGUGUGUGUAUAACAGUGGUUUGACCCCUUUUCUUGCUGCUGACAGUGCAACUGGUGUGUGUGUGUGUGCGCACACACACACACAGCCAAUUAUCACGUUUGGGUUUGAUUUGUGUUUGAAGUGAGUGAUCGCGAGCACACGCCGCAGGACAUGCAUGGCUGGACACAGUGCAGAGAAACAGGUGUCAAUCAGCUUUCCAUAGUGUGUAUUCCAGCCUAACUGACAGAGGGACAUGUAAUGUAACCUAAUGUUAAAGGUAGACUCAGUGAAAUGAUGUUGCCACGAACAGCACUGCCGACAUUUUGCGAUGAGCAAGACAUCGCUCCCACAGAGUCAGACGCAGUAUUUGCGACUGUGCACGGGUUUGCUUCACGCUGAGGUGUUUAGCCUCGUGCCUCAGCGCUCUUAGUUGCGGAAAUCGGCCCACUAUGCUGUUUACUUUGUGCACCUACGUUAUAUCCCUGAGUCUCCCUUUUUAGCUGCAGGAAAUGGUGUUUAGAUCUAGCAGCUUCGUAUGUAACUAACAAACUACACUGGUCUGCAAUGUGUCCCGUUUUGCUUCCUGGGUGCGUAUCAAUAGUCUUAACGUGGCUUCCUCACCUCGUCUCCUUUCCUUCAGCUGCAGUGAUGUGUAAAACCUGGGUAGGGGACAGCAACAUUUUUCUAUCCAUUUCUAGGUAUUUGGUUUAACCAAUCCAGUUCUUUUCACCUCGGUGUAGAUCAUUGGUAGUUACUAAUAUUUCAGAGGGAGACACUUUAGUGAAACAAAAUCGCUGGGCGAGCCGCAUACCCGUCAGAGAAUGGGGGUAGGGGUUGGUCACCAAAAUAGUACGCUAUAUUAAAUUGAUUUAUACAUGAUAUUUAAGAUCCUAUUAACAGACCAUCAAUCUAUUUGAUGAUCUGAUUCUCUAUUUUUGGACACUUGGAGGUAUCAGAAACAAAUGCAUCAGGAAGGUAUUGGAAAGUUCCAGAAAACAUCAGGGAUGAUCAUCAAGCAAUGAUAUAAAUUCAUUUGUGGAGAAUCGAUUCAUUUCCCUCAGUUAUUCUGUGCAGAUUCAUCACUCUCCCUUCUAACGAGCCCUGCACAACUUUUAUAGGUGGUAAUCACUCCAACCUUUCAAAAUCUACAGCACAAUUUGUAGGAACAACGAUUUCAAGAUGCGCUGGAAACUAUUUUUGCUCCUCUGUAUGUCCCAGCCGCUAAGGUUUCUCACGUAACCAAUGACUAUGACCGGUUUAGACGAAGGAAAGGACACGAGGAGAGUUGGCUGUUCUUUUUCUUCUAAAGAAAUUCUGUGUAGUACUGACACAUAUACCACUGUGUCCCAAAUGGCACCCCAUUCCCUAUGUGUUGUAUUACAUAGGGAAAAGGGUAACAUUUGGGACGCAUACACCACCAUACUUCCAUAAACUUGAUGAGAGGGGUAGUGAUGGUUUAGAAGACACGGGUGGAAACAACAAAUUAAAACUAGGGUCUGAAGUUUAUUUUAAGUAUUAACUUUUUCUAUAUAUUUUGCUAAUUUAGACCUACCAUUCUUGUGUAGGCAGCUGAGAUGAAUGGGGUUGUGAUUUAUUUGGGGUUAUAUUUGAGAGAAUGUUUGUCCCAAAUGUCACCCUAUUCCCUAUGUAAGUGCACUACUUUUGACCACCAGGGCCCAUAGGGCUGUCAAAAGUAGUGCACUAUAUAGGGAAUAGGGUGCUGUUCAAAAGUAGUGCACUACAUAGGGAAUAGGGUGCCAUUUGGGAUGGAGACAUUGAAAAUGUGUAAAUAUAAAGAUGUUAUUGGAGUAUAAUUAAUUACUUGCUUGAAAUAAGAGGUCUAUACGAUUGAUCAUAUUCAAUUACGGCCAGGAUGUUUUUCCUGAUCAGGAAAUAUCCCUGGUCCUAGAAACAUUUCCUGGGGUGGUAUUUUCAUUUCAAUCCCAGUCAACUGAAUUUGCCAUGGGGGAUUUGUCCACAGAUGUCCAUUUCACUACUUUAACUCGCCAAGAAUGUAAUAGGAAUUGAACCCGGCACUGCUCUGUGUAAAGUGAUUUAAGUUGAAGUGCACUUUGAGAAGGGGAGGAGUGUUUAUUGGGGUGCAAAGUGAGAUGUCGCGGCCCGGAUGCAGUGAAAAUUUGUAUGUUUGGGGGAAAAAAGGUUUUGGUCUCAACUUUCUCCAAUAAAUAACUGGUUUAAGAUGGAAAAA